AUGGUCAAAGCUGAUCAUUAUACAUCUAAUCAACAUGCAGAUAUAACUAAUUCUUCAUUUUUGUUUUCCUCAUGGCUAAGGAUUACAUUGGGUGACAACCCUUUCAAAGAAACAGAAAUAUUGGCUCAGGAAGCCAGAUCCGAAGAGAAAAGCCCUUCAGGCUCCACCGUCACCCCAGUAACUGUAGCACAGGUACCGGGACUCAACACUCUUGGCAUCUCAAUGGCCCGUCUUGAUUUUGCUCCUAUGGGCGUCAUCCCUCCUCACUUCCACCCCAGAGCCAACGAAAUCUUGACAGUCAUUGAAGGUUCUCUUGAAGUUGGGCUUGUCACAUCAAAUCCUGAUAAUCGUCUGAUCACGAAAACACUCCAGAAGGGUUAUGUGUUUGUCUUCCCAGUUGGGCUCGUUCAUUUCCAGCGUAACGUUGGAAACGGAUAUGCAGUAGCUAUAUCUGGAAUGAGCAGCCAGAAUCCUGGAGUAGUAACUGUAACAAAUGCAGUUUUCGGGGUGAAACCUGAUAUCAGUGCUGAUAUAUACAUCCCCAUUGAUUAA